GCCCUUGAACACUAUAUUUUUAUUGUUGUUGUUGUUGUCGACAGAAUACCGAUGCCUUUAAUGGAUGUAAUUCAUACUGAGCAUCCUCCCAAAGAUGAAACUGAUUCUGAAUUUUCAAUUGGCACUUGAAAGCAGCAUUGCCGUUAUGGGCAGACUCUUUCUUUUUCCUGAGCGAUAUCGAGCAUCAGAAUUGUCCUCCACACAAACACUGCAAUAGCAAUAAAACGAUCAGAAUAGAUUAAAAUUUUACCAAAUCCUAAUAUAAUUCGAUCUGUGUGAUCUAAAUCGCUAAUUUCCGUUGUCAUUAUUGUUGAAAGCCAGCAUGAACCUGAGCUCAGAGAGCGAUUUCAUCUUUACAAAGAAUCGGAACCAGUGAGAGCUUAGUUUAAUCAAGUCAUUAGCGAUUAGACAAUUAGAUCGAUCGAUCGAUCCAUUCAUUGGACAUCUGUCUUUCAAACAACGAAUCAAAUCGAUCGAUAAAGUUAUUGAUUGCUCAAAUUGUUAUUAGUGUGUUAUUGGGUGCCCAAAAGAGAUCAUCACCAUGCCCUCCAGUUUCCCUAAGCACCAUUGUUUGCACCGUUUCAUUACGUUUUUGUCUGCCUUUCUUGUUGCAGGAUCGUUUAUGUUGCUGUUAAACAAACAGAAAGAAUGCAACUUUGUGCCCAUUGCCGACGAGCUCUGGUCAUCGAUGGUAUCAAAUCAAAGUCUGCAGGUAGACUACAUAGAAGAGCACUAUGACGAUGUCCAGAUCUAUCACAUUUCAUUAGUAUCGAUUGACGUCAUCAUAUUUUUGGUCGCAUUCAUCAACAUUGCCCCAUCACAAGAAGAUCUUCGUUUUGGCUUCCAUUUGUUGCUCAUCAUAACAUUAAGUGGCCUGACCAUAUUGGCCUGCUACAGCUCGUACGUUGUUUUCUACAAGCCUUGCCAUCUGGAACCACCGCCUGGUAUCGUACGUACUGAAGACAAACAAGUAUAUCUACAAAGCAGCAAGACAAACGCCGGAAAAAAUGCACCAAUAAACGCUUACGUUGAGAAUGAUUUGCAUAUCUUGGCCGUGGCCGGUAUCGAUGCCCUUGCCUGUUUAAUGUUUUUAAUCUCUACUAUGGUUCUUUGUGGCGAUGCUCGUGAGGAAGCAAUCCAGGAUGAAUAUGUGGCUAGGGUAAGGGCCAGCAUAUACUAAAUACUAUUCAGAAUUAUUCAUACUAAACACAUUCACUCUGGUUAUCAUCGUGGAUGACACAUUCACCAAAAAAAAAAACACAACCACUGAAUCUAUCACUCUCUCAUACACGCUUGAAGUUUAGGUCGUUGUAAAACACAUACACUUCUCAGAUACAUCCAUGCCCACACGGUGAUUACAAUGGUUGGCAAUUUUUUUCUUGUUAUAGUUGGCUGUUUGUGUCCAAACGCUGAUAUUAAAUUCAUUCCAAGUGUGCA